CGUCCCUCUCCAACAUGGCGCUGCUGAGGGCUUCGCCGGCGGCCUGGCGCAGCGCCUCGGCCGCCUCCGCCUCCCUCUCGCGGCGCAGGCUCCUGCUGCGGGCGGCAGCCACGGCGUCGUCGGGAGCGGCCCGGGCUCGCAGUCAGCAGGUUCAACCAGUAUUAAAACAGCAGAGUUCAGGGAGAUGCUAUUCAAGGCAACUGUUAGAUGCUGCAAAGAAUCUUCAGGGGUGGUCACAAAUCGAUAAAAGAACGUGCUGGCAUGGACAUGCAGGUGGAGGACUCCACUCAGAUCCAAAGGAAGGGCUAAAAGAAGUAGAUGGCAAGAAGAUCCUCAAAGCUAUGCUGUCCUACGUGUGGCCCAAGGACAGGCCUGACCUACGAGCCAGAGUUGCCAUAUCUCUGGGAUUUUUAGCAGGAGCCAAGGCAAUGAAUAUUGUGGUUCCCUUCAUGUUUAAAUAUGCAGUAGAUAACCUCAACCAGAUGUCUGGAAAUGUUCUGAACCUGAAUGAUGCACCAAAUACAGUUGCAACCAUGGCAACAGCUGUUCUGAUUGGAUAUGGCCUAUCAAGAGCAGGAGCUGCUUUAUUUAAUGAAGCUAGAAAUGCUGUAUUUGGCAAAGUAGCCCAAAGCUCCAUUAGAAGAAUAGCAAAGAAUGUCUUUCUCCACCUGCAUAACCUGGAUUUGGGGUUCCACCUUAGCAAGCAGACAGGAGCCUUGUCAAAAGCCAUUGACAGAGGAACAAGAGGCAUCAGCUUUGUUCUCAGUGCUUUAGUAUUCAAUUUGGGCCCCACCUUGUUUGAAGUGGCACUUGUUAGUGGCAUUUUGUAUUAUAAAUGUGGAACACAUUUUGCAGUAGUAAGCCUGGGCACACUGGGAGCAUACGCAGUGUAUACAAUAGGAGUUACACAGUGGAGGACUAAAUUUAGGAUAGAAAUGAACAAAGCAGAUAACGAUGCAGGAAACGCUGCAAUUGACUCUCUGCUGAACUAUGAAACUGUGAAGUAUUUUAAUAAUGAAAAAUAUGAAGCCCAGCGCUAUGAUGGGUUUUUGAAGACCUAUGAAAACGCCUCAUUGAAGACUACCUCUACACUCGCGCUGCUUAAUUUUGGACAGAGUGCUAUAUUCAGUGUUGGUUUAACAGCUAUCAUGGUGCUGGCCAGCCAAGGAAUAGUUGCAGGUAACCUAACUGUUGGAGAUCUAGUAAUGGUGAAUGGAUUAUUGUUUCAGCUUUCUUUACCUCUUAAUUUCUUGGGAACGGUGUACAGAGAGACAAGGCAAGCACUCAUAGACAUGAACACCUUGUUCACGCUACUUAACAUAGACACAAAAAUUAAAGAUAAAGAGCUGGCUCCACCCCUGCAGAUCACUCCACAGACUGCUACCAUCGCCUUUGAUAACGUGCAUUUUGAAUACCUUGAGGGGCAGAAAGUUCUCAAUGGCGUAUCUUUUGAAGUCCCUGCAGGAAGGAAAGUGGCCAUUGUAGGAGGCAGUGGGUCAGGGAAAAGCACAAUAGUAAGAUUAUUAUUUCGCUUCUAUGAACCACAGAAGGGAGAGAUCUAUGUUGCUGGCCAGAACAUCCAAAACAUCAACUUGGAAAGCCUGAGGAAGGCAUUAGGAGUUGUGCCGCAGGAUCCUGUUCUCUUCCACAAUUCCAUCUUCUACAACAUCGUGUAUGGCAAUAUCAAUGCCUCUGCAGAAGAUGUCUAUGCCGUGGCUAAGCUGGCAGGGAUCCAUGAUGCUAUUCUGAGAAUGCCCAAUGGGUACAGCACGCAAGUGGGAGAGCGGGGCCUGAAGCUAUCAGGAGGAGAAAAGCAAAGAAUUGCUAUUGCUAGAGCCAUGUUGAAGAAUCCUCCUAUUAUCCUCUAUGAUGAAGCCACUUCGUCUUUAGAUUCAAUUACUGAAGAGAAUAUUUUGAAUGCCAUGAGAGACAUGGUGAAACACAGAACAUCCAUCUUCAUUGCACACAGAUUGUCAACAGUGGUCGAUGCAGAUGAGAUCAUUGUACUGGAUCAGGGUAAAGUUGCCGAGCGUGGAAGGCAUUUAGAUCUCCUUACCAGUCCCAGCAGUCUUUACUACGAAAUGUGGCACACACAGAGCAACCGGAUGCUGAAUAGGGAUGUCAGCGACCGAUGGGAAGAGAGGAACAAUCACAUGUCCAAGGAGGAGGAAAGGAAGAAGCUACAAGAGGAGAUCAUCAACAGCGUGAAAGGAUGUGGGAACUGUUCAUGCUAAGCAUGAGCCUAGCUUGUCUCUGUCUUAUGCCCUCAACCAGCUGGUUAAAUUGAGGCACAGAUGUUUGCACUGGAGCUGUUUUCUGCAUUUGACAGAAUGAACAAUCGAAUUAACAAUAUUGGCUUUAUAAGAGGGUUUUUCAAAGUGGAACACCAGUUUUUAACCAAAGGAUUUUAGUUCAGCUUCUUGGCAUCUCUGAUAGCCGUGAGAUGGGGCGUAUGUUGAAACCUCCUUGCUAUACCUGAUUAUUGCAUACUCUGUAGGAGGAGGCAGUCUCAGACAUGUGUACACCUUUUUUUUGGCAGCUCCCUAUCAUUUGGACAGAGCAGAAUUGUUGAGACACCAUUGUGAUACGUUUCUUUAGUCUGCUUUCCUCUAAAAAUGGUAGGUUGAAGUUGUCCUUAUGUAUCUGUUUCAACAAAGUUAAUUAAUUUAAGGAUGCAUGUUAAAGGGGGUGAAGCAAUUAACAUUCUUUGAAUAACUUGGUUUUGAUAGAAUUUAUAUCUUUUUAUAAAGAAUAAUGGACAUGGUUUGUUGUAGCAAAUUCUAAGCAGAGAGAUUUCUGCUUCGUCCUUCACUCCCCCCCCCCCCAAAUUCUAGGAGUUCCAAGACUUAAAAAAUAUGAACCAAAAUAUGUAUCUUAAGAUCAAUAAAUCUUACAAGGCAUAAUACUAAAGACCGUCUAUUUCCAGUCAUUACUAUUUGUUGAAGUGAACGAAGUGAUGUUAUUAAGAUCUAAUGAGAAUUGCAUGCUCUGAGCCAUCUUGAGCCCAUUUGUGGGGAGGGCAGAGUAUAAAUUAAAUAAAUAAAUUCAGUACAAAUACUAUUACUAAUUUAGCAAUAAACCAAGUUCCUUAGACAAAAAAAUUCAAAUAAUUGGGAGCAGUUUGGGACAACCUAUGAAUUGGACCUAUUUUUGUCUAUGAGUAUUGAAGAGAUGUAUGUUCUUAAAAUGUGUAUUUGUUGGUACAAAAGAUGUCCUUAAAGAUCACUAGUCAGUAGAUAUUACAGUACAAAAAUGAAUACCUGUCAUGUAAAACACAAUGUUGCUAACAUACUUGAGCUUAAUUAAGAUUAAUUUAGCUUCUGGCUCCUCGUUUUCUAUGAAUCAAUCUCUUCCUUGAAUUUGUGUACAGAAUAGCAGAGACAUUAAAUGUAACUUUUAAAAAUC